UAUUGCUGAGCUGUAACCAACACACCGACGUUUGACACGUCAUCAGCCCUUGUACCUUGAUUUCAACGUACUGUUUUUGUGCUGUUCCCUACUGCACCGGAUCAUUUCCCGAGAAAUUCAACGUUUAAACGCUUAAAUUCUACUCUACUUCCUCCUCCCUCAGUAAAAAAACAUAUUUAUUUCCUUUUUGACCCCUCUCUCUCUCUCUCUCUCUCUCAAAUUGAGACUUCAUAUACCGCAGUUUCCGAUCACCUACUUUCUCCGUUGUAUUCAUCGACGAUCGCCGGAACUUUGCAUUCUGAACUGUAGAUUCUUCUUCACGCGGAAAAUUUUGAUCUGAGGUUCGUCAAGGCAUCUUCGUUUUCGGUCUGAAGAAAUAUGAAUCCUCAGAUAGUGGAGAUUCAGCCUCGUGAAGUCAAGUUCGUCUUUGAGUUGAAGAAACAGAGUACAUGUAUCGUUCACCUUGGCAAUGUCACUGACCAGUAUGUUGCAUUCAAGGUUAAGACUACAUCACCAAAGAAGUACUGUGUGAGACCUAAUGUAGGUGUAAUCAAGCCAAAGUCAACAUGUGACUUUACAGUUACCAUGCAAGCACAGAAGUCGGCUCCUUCGGAACAAUGUAAGGAUAAAUUCCUGGUCCAGAGCACGGUGGUUCGUUUUGGCACAACUGAAGAGGACAUAACCCCCAGCAUGUUCUCAAAAGGAAGUCAAAAGUAUAUUGAAGAGACCAAGCUCAGGGUUGUUCUUACUAGUGCUCCCAGUUCUCCAGAAAAGCCACUAGCUGAUGUAGUUUUGAAUCAAGAGUUCUCUGAUGAAUAUCCAGUACCCAAAGAACCCCAUGCACCUGUUUUGCUGCCUGUUCAUGAAGUUAUUAAGCAAGAACCAUCCUUUGAGACUUUCAUGCCGAAAGAUAAAUUGAAGAACGGAGUCGAAUAUUUCUCUCGGCCUGAUAUGCUACUUGAGAAGGUGGAGGCAAUCCAAAAUGUCAAAAAGAUGGAAGAGCCUAGAUCACUAAAAGUCGUGGAGAAUGUGAAGCCAGUUCCUGCCAAGGAUGAGGAGUUCUUCCUUCAGAAGAAAGAGGAGUUGUACCCUCAGAACAAAGAGGAGUUGUACUUUAAGAAGAACGAGGAAAUUUACCCUAAGAAGAACGAGGAAUUCUACCCGAAGAAGAACGAGGAAUUAAAGCAAGAUAGAGAUGUCGGAGAUGCAAAGUUGAAGCUAACAGAAGAUAUUGGGGAAUUGAGAUCAAAGAUUAGUGCCAUGAAUGCCAAGUUAGUUGAGGCGGAGUACACGAUUGAGAAGCUAAAAGCAGAAAAGACCACCACCAUUUACGAGAAGGAGAAAUUGAAGCAAGAACUGGCAAUCUCGAAGACAAAGAGUCCUACUGCAAGAAGAAUUCAAGUUGGUUUUCCCCCUCUUUUCGUAUGCAUGGUCGCACUGAUUAGUUUGGUGAUGGGGUCCUUGUUUCGAGCAUAGUGGAUUGAUUUUCCCGAUCUGUUUUAUUUUGAGCUUAGUGCGGUUGAGAGUACAAAUAUAUUUCGAUAUGUCGGUAUUAGGUAUAGAAACAGAGUCGUAUUGGCUGGUUUUCACAAGCCAUCCAAUGUACUAUGCUUGUUGAUAACUUCAUCUAAAUCUUAAUAUUGUAUAAAACAAAUGAAACGAUUUUAACUAUCAAAUAAAAAGGUAAAACGGGAGUUUCAAUCUCACCCGGCCCAAGAUUACGUGGCUUUCUUGUUAUGA